AGUGCUUACUGGACAAUUGGGUCCAGGAGAACAAGUACCGCAACAAAGAAGCCCAUCUACUCAAAUCUGCCUCUGGGUCAGCCUGCUCUUUCUUCUAACAUCUGGCGUCAUGAACAGGAUCUCAGGGGAGAGUCAUGCCUGAUCACCACGUCUCGCCAUGGAUUCGAUGAGCAAGUUGAAUGGGCCCUUUACUGUAACCCUGGUUAAGGAGUUUAUUAAUAAACUGGUGGGGAGAUGGGGAGGUCCUUAUGUGGCUCCCUCCAGGGACUGUCAGGAUUGGCCAGCCAUUCAGGGGUGGGUGGAAGCUUCCCUGGCACCCAAGUGCUCCCAGGAGUUUAUUAAUCAGUAGGAAAAUGGGGGGUCCAUAUGCAGGCCCCCCUGGGGAUUGUCAGGGUUGGCUAGCCAUCCAGGGGUGGGUGGAAGCUGCCCUGGCAUCCAGGUGCUCCCAGAAUAAGAAAAAGGCUGUUUUGUUGCAGGCUCUCGGGUCUGUCAGGUUUUAGCUAAAAAUCUAUGAAAGAUUUUAAUCGUCUUAAGUCAAAGAACCUGGCCCAGAAGGGUCAAGUAGACACCUUUAAAGCAAAAUUCUUGUUCCCCGGCCCCUAUUUACCUACCCGUCCCUUCUCAUAGGCUGCCAGUAAACCUUUCAAGUUUAGUGCUGCUUCAGCAAGAGCUGCUGAAGGGUUCUAAAUCAAAGUUAGGGGUAGUUAAAAAUAAUUUGGCACGACAGGGUUUAAAGUCAAAAGCAGAGUUGUUAAGCUACUUUAAAAAAACUGGAGCUGAGACUUGGUCCUGGGGGAGUAAAAAAACGGCAGGGUUCCCGGAGGCAGAAUGAGAACCUAAGGGUGAGGGUUCCCAACUGUUUCAACCCCGGGGACCCUACUCGUAGCUCAGAGCUAACAAUAUCCUUUUCUUCUUUUUCCCAGUUUACUUAAUUUGCUGCUGGUAGCCUGUGCUUUAAACAGAUCUUACAGGGUUAAUUGCUUUCUUGCCACCUCUUCCUCUUUCCCCCCUCCCCUACUCUUCCCCCCACGCUUUUGGUUUUCUGAAGUUUUAAUGAACGGUACUUUGGAUAAUUUAGUAAAAAGUUUGUUUGGACAAAGUAUGACAGAAGUCUGCUGCAUUUCACUGAAAUGUUUUAAGUAAAAGGUCCACGAGUAACCAUAGGAAUAAAUAUUUUACUGCCUUUUUAAAUAAUCCCAAGGUAAGGGAGGCACAGGGAAGGGCAGCUGUGUUGCAGGAAUUGUACUGGGUGGCUAUGUUUGUUACAAGCGAAAUAUACCACCUUAAAGAAUUAAAUGCACAAGUAGAUAAUUUAAAGUAAGUAAAUAGUUACAAGUAGUUUUGUAAAAAUUAAUACUACAAAGUUUGGGGGAAGUUUGAAGAAAAAUAAACGGCUGGAAGGUGUAAAAAUGCUGCUAACAGUUGUGGUGUAAUAAAAAGGAAAUUUGUAGUUUAAAAAUAAAACCCAGUUAUAUAAAUGUAAAUAUAUGUGUAACUCGGCACAGUCACAUUGGGUGGAAUCCUAGUAGUUAAAAAAUGGCUGCUGCAGGCAGCAAGUAGCCAAAUACUCUGAUCUAUAUUAUUUGACUAUUAGACAAGUUAAUUAAAAUCACUAAAAAAUGUAAGGGGUUUCUAUUGGAACUUUACUGUCUAAUUGCACAAAAUGGAAGUGUAAUCAGGGUACAGUUAUAUGAAAAAUAAUAACAGUAGUGCAAGGGGUGAUAAGCAAAAGAGAAUUUUUUUGGUUGAAUCUUUUUGUAUAAUUAUGUAAUAAGAACUUAAACCAGCAUUCAUGGUUUAUAAAAUCCUGUUUGUAGGUUUAAAAUAAAUUGGUUUGUUUUUUUUUAAAAUAAAUAAUUAAAAAAAAAUGCCACUAAAAUUCCAUUUCAAUCUCUCAUUCAAAGUUGCAACACUAACAGAUACUUGUGCUAGACCAGGGGCCCCUAGUGUAAUGUGGCUUUGGUAUUUAGCAUUUAACCCUUUGGGUACUGCCAUGUUUUUAUAAAGUAUAAUAUCUUUUGAAAUAAAAAUUACAGAAUAUGUUCCUGGCUGGGGCAGCCAGAACUGAAAGAAUGGGGAAAGAUUCUGGAUUUUUUUUUUUUUUUUUGGUAAUAAAUAGCAGCUAAAAACUGCAAGAGGGAAACAAAGAAAGUUAAGACAGUUCCCCUCUGGAGAAACAGCAGGGGUGAGAUGCACAACACUGAGCCUUAAGGUGGCUCUAAGUAAUCUAACUGUCACAAUGUUAAACCUUAGAAUAAAUGCUAGUGAGUAAUCCCGUGGCAAUGUAUAAUCUGUAUAAUUUUUUGGAAAAUUUUUAGGCACGCUAAAAAUGGUAAUUAAAAGCAAAUUUCAUGGUAAUUCUGCCUCUCAGCUAUUACCUGUGAAUAAACUUAAAGCUUGGCACAGCAGAAAAACCAUUACAAAUCUGGUCUGUUGUACAACAGGGGAAACUGAGGUACACAACCUCAUGAAUUUCAUAAAUGAAUAGUAGAAUAAUUCACCCUUUCCCUUUAAGGGUAAAAACCUAGCCUGCCUAGUAUAAAGGUAAUUCUUCUGUUUUCCUGCAGUCAGAAAAGGGGGUAUUUUUAAGCAAUAAUCUGUCCCCGCCAAGGGGCUGGGAAAUGUUUAUUUUGUUUUUCAGAUACUACGGGCAAGCUGGCGCCAGUGAAAGAACAAUCCAGAACACCAUGGGUCUACUGUCGCGACGAAGAUUGUGUUGUGUGUUUUGUGGUGUUUGUCUUGUUAUUACAGUUAUUUUGGUAAAUAUUGUACACAAAAAAAUUAAUGCAUAUAGCAGCAAAGGUUAGUGCGUGGUAUAGCCGGCCUGGAAAGCACCGUCUACCCAAUGGAGGGAAUCAAGUGAUGUACCGCAUUCCAGGCAAAUACCAUCCAUUCCCAGUUCCUAAAUGGAGGGUUGCUUACUGAGUCUUUAAUCAGUUGGGGCCCAGCCUGAUGCUAUUGGGAACGAAAAAUGAAGAGUGGAAAUGGAUUUAUUGCAUGCAAAUAAAAAGGCACAAAAUGGGGGUUAAAAAGAAAAAUGUAUAAAUUGUUACAUGCAUAUUACAGGUGGCCCUACAAAGGGGAAACCAAGGAUUUCCUGGCCUGAAAUGGAGCAAUCAUUGUUGCUAAUCACAAUUGUCACUAUUGUAAACGCUGCCCAGAUCCCGCGAUGUAAAGUGACAAAAGGAGAAAACACGUGAACUGUUAUACCCCCCAAGUGGUGGUAAUGAGGCAAAUGAAAAUUUAAAGAAUUUACCUGUGGAAAACUACUACUAAUCCCCCAUGGGAAUUUGGCAAUGUUGGGCUUGGUGUUCUGAUGAUGGUGGAUUGGGCAGAAAGAAUGCCAAGGCUUGCCUUUACUUCCUAAAAAGCUGCAUUUUACCUUGGGGUAACUAAUGCGCAUGGGAUAUCCUGAGGUAAAACCACAGUGAAGAUAAGGCACUUUAGUUUUACUGUGAGGUAAACUUGCGCAGCUCACAGGCAUUGAAAAUGGACCCUUUUUAAGCAGGGAAGACAAGCCCCUAAAGCAGUUCCUGUGAUGGGAAGGUAGGAUCAGACUAACACGGCUGUUACUCUGAAAACAGUCCUUGGUGCUGCGGGUCCAGGAGCAGAAGUGACAGCGGGUGAGAGAUCACUGAGCGUCAGCAUACUAACCUGUGGAGCUGAUCUGUAAGAUGACCAGCAGGAAGCACUAGUGUGCACUCUGUGUGGGGGAACCAAGAGCCCCUUGUGUCUAGUUUCUGUUUAUCGUUGAAUGGGACAGACUGAACUGAACAACAACAAUUUUCUUCCAAGAUGUCACACUAAGGAUGUAACAUCCCUAACAGGUAGACAAGAAGAAUCUGGGAACUAAGCAAUCUGAGGGGAGACUUGCUUCUUAAUGAUCGCUAGGAAGAAGAUCAUGAGAAUUGGUGGUUAUAAAACAUUGCAUCAAUUCAUAGGAAAGGAAACGGACAGAGACCUGUGCACUUGUUGAGAGAACUGACAACAGAAGGAGCAGUUAUGGACUCUGAUAUCCAGGCUUCAUGACUUGGCUCCCCAGCGUAUCGCUACUCAAACAGACUCCAUACUUUGACUCUUAUAUUGAUGCUCUGCAGAUCUGCUUAUUCUGUCUGCUGAAACAAUGGGCCUGAUGCAAACUCUACGAAUGCUUCAGCAGCUGCUGCAAACUUAAAAAAAAAAAACAGCAGGAAGACAAGUCUAGAACUGCUGUGGAAAUCAAGAUAGGGAAUGAAUAACUCCAAGGAAGCUGACUAGGGAGCCAGAAUGACUGCGGGAGCUGCCAGUGUCUGGUGAUUCCUGCAGAACUUGGAAACACUUCAGGUGCUCUGAGCUGAUAAGGGAGAAGCCAAGGUAGAAUUACCCAGUGGAACUGGAGUUAUAUAUUCUAGAAGGUUGAAGGAGUCUAGAUCAUCUUCUAGCCAGCACUAGAAAAUGGUAUUGCUGAAGUCACCAGAUGGUGGAUGGGGCUGGGUGAUUGUCCUUGUUUCCUUCUUUACUCAGUUCUUCUGUUAUGGGUCUCCAUUAGCAGUUGGAGUCUUGUAUCUAGAAUGGCUGGAUACUUUUGGAGAGGGGAAAGGAAAGACUGCUUGGAUUGGAUCCCUUGCAAGUGGAGUUGGAUUACUUGCCAGUCCUGUCUGUAGUGCAUGUGUGUCUUAUUUUGGAGCAAGACCUGUGACAAUCUUCAGUGGUUUUAUGGUGGCUGGGGGCCUGAUGAUGAGCAGUUUUGCACCAAAUAUAUAUUUUCUGUUUUUUUCAUAUGGAAUUAUUGUUGGGCUUGGCUGUGGCUUAUUAUAUACAGCAACAGUAACCAUCACCUGUCAGUAUUUUGAUAAACGCAGAGGCCUUGCACUUGGUUUGAUUUCAACAGGUUCAAGUGUUGGACUUUUUAUAUAUGCAGCAUUACAAAGAGAACUCAUCGAGCUAUAUGGACUAGAUGGAUGUUUGCUAAUAGUUGGCGCAUUAUCGCUAAAUAUACUAGCAUGUGGCAGUCUAAUGAGACCUUUGGAGUUAUCUGAUUCCCCUUUGCCAGAAAAGUCAUGCCUAGAAAAAGUUGCAGAUCAAUACUUGAUUUACCACGAGAAAGAAAAUGUUGAAGAAAAUACAAGCAUCCUAGAAAAGGACUACAAUGAAGAAAAAUGUGUGAAUAUGUCCAGUCGUGAAUGCAAACAGGAUAGCAUUUUAAAUAAGAAUGGAUUAAUAUCAAUACAUGCAAAAGAGACAGACACUUAUAAACAGAAAGUUGUAGAACAAACAUACUUUUGCAAACAGCUUGCAAAGAAGAAGUGGCAACUGUAUUUAAACUACUGGGAAGAAACAUUGUUUCUUUUUAAAAACAAAGUAUUCUCAUCACUUUUUAUUGCCAUCUUAUUUUUUGACAUUGGUGGAUUUCCUCCUUCGCUGCUUAUGGAAGAUGUAGCAAGAAGUUCAAACAUUAGUGAAGAAGAAUAUGUUAUGCCUCUUAUCUCCAUUCUAGGGAUUAUGACUGCAGUUGGUAAACUUGUUUUAGGAGUACUGGCAGAUUUUAAAUGGAUUAAUACUUUAUACCUAUAUGUAAUUACCUUAAUAAUGACUGGCGUGGCCUUGGUUGCAAUUCCAUUUGCGAAAAGUUACAUUUUACUGGCAAUACUUUCUGGAAUUUUAGGUUUUCUCUCUGGAAAUUGGUCAAUUUUUCCAUAUGUAACCACAAAGACUGUGGGAAUUGAGAAAUUGGCACAUGCAUAUGGGGUAUUAAUGUUCUUUGCUGGACUUGGAAAUAGCCUUGGACCACCAAUUGUUGGUUGGUUUUAUGACUGGACACAGACAUAUGACAUUGCAUUCUGGUUUAGUGGACUUUGUGUUCUGCUGGGUGGACUUCUUCUGUUGGUGGCAGCUCUGCCAUGCUGGGACAACUGUAAUAAUCAGAGUGCAAAGCCACCUCCAAAUAUUUACUCCUACACAGUUGCAUCUAGUGUUUAAAUGGCAGCUGGAAAACACUUCAAUGCCUUUUUAUAGCAUGUACUAUAUAGCAAAAUAUUUUAGUAAUUUUUCCACUUUUGAAAUACAAAAAUCCUUUUACAAAUAGAAAAAAAUCCAAUGAUACUUGAUAUUUGGAAUAAAUUAAGCCUUUUUUUUUUUUAAUGGAGAAGGAUGGCACUAAUGUCUCCCUUCAGAGGUUUCCAAUAGCUGUACAACAAGAGUCUGGGCGGGGGUGGGGGGAACAAACCUUAUCACCUAGACUGCAAUACGUUGGUGAGGUGCUUAUAUCAUGGUAAGGUCAAUGUUUCCUUUUUUAAGGUUCCCCGCUUUAUUGUAAAAUGCUAAUGAGGAACAACUUCUAUUGCAUAACUGAAGUGAACAUUAUGGUAAAAUUUAACAUUCUGCAUACCACUGCAAACUAAGAUGCUAUGCUACAAAUAUUUUGCUGCACGCUUUUUGAAAUUUGUUUAAAAACUGUUGAACCAAAAUCUUUCAAACCAAGGAAUAAAUAUGAUUGUUGAAACCA